AUGGCGACCACGUCCGCACCUGCCGCUCUGAGAGGCGCCGUGGGAGCGUACAAGGACAUCCAAACUGUGAGUUUUUCCAAGGAAAAAGAAUUGAAGGGCACGGAUAGGUUUGCUGCGGCGAGCUUUCCACACUAUCUCCCCGUGUGGGAUAACGAGAAGGGUGAAAUAUAUCCGCCUUUGGAACCAUUCGACCAUUACGAGCACGGAAAAGAUGCCGAUCCUUCGUUCAAGAACCUGCUGAAGGCCGGAAGCCAGAUUGAAAACAUCACUGCGUCAAUUGGGGCCGAGGUGACCGGUGUCCAACUGUCUCAGCUCGACGACAAAGGCAAGGAUGAACUGGCUCUCCUCGUUGCUCAGAAGAAGGUCGUCGCAUUCCGAGACCAGGAUUUUGCUUCUCUUCCGAUCCAAAAGGCGUUGGACUUUGGGCGGUACUUUGGAAGACUGCACAUUCAUCCCACCAGGCAAGCUGAACUCACGCAGGGAUUCCCUGAAGUCCACCUCGUCCACCGUGGUGCUGAGGACAAGUCCUUCCUUGACUUUCUCAGCAGCCGAACCAACUCUAUUGCAUGGCAUAGUGAUGUAACAUAUGAGAAUCAACCUCCUGGGACCACCUUCUUGUACGCUCUGGAUGUACCCGAGGCGGGUGGCGAUACUUUGUUCUGCAACAUGGUCAAGGCAUAUGAACGGCUCUCUCCGGCUUUCCAGGAACGCCUGGCGGGUCUGCAGGCUGUUCAUUCCGGAUACGAACAAGCCACAGCUGCCAAAAACAAGGGAAGCAUCUACCGCCGCGCACCAGUCUCGUCCAUCCACCCGGUGGUGCGAACCCAUCCAGCAACGGGCGAAAAGGCUUUGUAUAUCAACCCGCAGUUCACCAGAUAUAUUGUCGGGUUCAAACAGGAAGAGAGUGAUUAUCUCCUCAAGUUCUUGUAUGACCAUAUUGCCCUUAGUCAGGAUAUCCAGUGCCGUGUCAGAUGGAAGCCGGGCACCGUCGUUGUUUGGGACAACCGUGUCACAACGCACUCUGCUCUGAUUGACUGGCAAGAUGGCCAGCGACGACACAUUGCACGCAUCACGCCUCAAGCGGAGCGCCCCUCUGAAUAG